CGGCAGUGGGCGCGUUCUCUAAGAUGGCCGAGCUGAAGCGGCGCGAGGGCCUGAGGUUCCCGGCUCGGCCCAGCCUCCCGGCCCCAGGGCCCGGGCCCGCCGCCCUGCCCCUUUCCCGGGUCAAACUCAUCAUGAAGAGCUGCCCCGACGUUUCCAGCAUCAACCAGGACGCGCUUUUCCUGACUGCCAAGGCCACGGAAUUAUUUGUGCAGCAUCUCGCCACAUGCGCCUACAAAAGCAGCAGUUCAGAAAAAAAGGAACUAACCUACAAUGAACUGGCUGACUGUGUGGAGAACUCUGAAACAUUCCAGUUUCUCGCUGAUAUCUUGCCAAAAAAGAUUUUGGCAAGCGAAUACCUCAAGAUGCUCGAGGAGGAGAAAGAAGGAGGUGGUGAUGGAGAAGGUGAUAAUGACGAAAAUGACGAGGACGAUGAUGAGGAGGACGAUGAUGAGGAUGAAGCAGAAAACGAGUCCUAAAGGAAGCUAGAAAGUGCCUUUUCACUGUACCAGCAUCUUGCUGACGAUUGUCCGAAGGCUGCAGUAGAGAGCAAGAGGAAAAUGCAAUACCUAAAACUAUUGUGUAUUUGGGAUAAGUCAGCACAAACCUACAUAUGUACAACUUGUAAAUUCCAUAAUAUAAACAACUGUGAAGAACUGAACAAUGAUCAAAUAGGAAAUCUGUAGUUAGUGUUAACAGUUCCUUCAGUUCAAUGAUAGGAAACUGCUGAUUUUUUUGAAAAGCAAUAGAUCAGUUUUUUUUUCUUUCCUGGUUGUGUUAUUGGUAAAUAACAGAACAAACUUGGUAUAAUAUUGUGUAUAUAUGUGAAAUAUACUUUUGUAUGUUUGGAAAUUAAAGAGAAAAAUAUG